CACGUUGCUAAAAGCAGGUGGAGACUGGAAAAAGCCUGUAAGUGUAUUUUCGCUCUUCCUUGUCACGCUCCGACAGCUCGCUUACACUAUUGUUUUUGUGACACGUCUCAAAGUGAUUAGCAUAUGAGAGGUUUGCCGAUGUAUUGAAUUCAACCGAGCUCUGCACAAACCCAGUAUAGUGUCUGGUAAUCGUAGGCUUGUGCCAAUGGCGACGUCUGUGGCAGCAGAGAAAGCGGACAAAUCCGCCGAAAAUCAGGGGAAACCUGGCGUUGAAGCGAUUGUUCCAUCUCCAAAUGAACAGAAGCCAUCAGCGAAGAAGACAGAACUUGCAAUUUUGAACUUUGUGAUAAAAUAUCUGAAGUUAGUCGGAGGUGCUUUGCUGAUCUGGUUUAUGGGGUGGUUUGGAUUGAGUUACGUCUGGAUCAUCUGCGGCUUUUUCGUGUAUGUUUUAUGGCGUAUGAAUCAGGACGAACGAAAGACUAGGAGACAGGCGUUCAGGGAAGCUGUAGAACGCGAGCAAGAAGUAGUUGAGGCGCGAAUGGAAGAUCUGCCAUCUUGGGUUUUCUUUCCUGAUGUGGAAAGAGCAGAAUGGCUCAACAAGAUGCUGGUUCAACUGUGGCCGUAUAUCAAUGACAUGGUGGUAAAGAUCCUAAAGGAACAAGUGGAACCAGAAAUUCAGAAGAAUGUGCCUGGAUUUUUGAGCUCCAUUUAUUUCAAAGAAAUCUCUCUUGGUGAAGUGCCUCCCCGUAUUGGUGGAAUCAAGACAUACACUAAUAAUGUGGACCGUAAUGAGAUAAUCAUGGAUAUUGAUUUAAUUUAUGCUGGGGAUUCAGACUUUGAGUUAUCUGUCAAGGGUGUCAGUGUUGGCAUUGAAGAUCUCCAGCUUCGUGGAAGUCUGCGUGUGAUUCUGCGCCCUCUCAUCCCAGCUGCUCCUCUCGUGGGUGGGGUGUCAGUCUUCUUUCUUAACAGACCUGACAUCGACUUUGACUUAACAAACAUGGCAAAUAUUCUUGAUAUUCCUGGUCUGAGUGACAUUAUCCGUGGGGUAAUAGAUGAUGUUGUAGCAGGAUUUGUGGUUCUUCCAAACAGGAUCACAGUACCUUUGACUGAUGUUGAUCCUUAUGAACUGAAAUACCCCAUGCCUGAUGGUCUUCUUCGCAUUGAAGUCCUGGAAGCUAAAGACUUGAUCAAGAAAGACAUUGGUAUCAUAUCUAAGGGUUCUUCAGAUCCAUAUGUUAUUCUCAGAGUGGGAGCCAAGACAUUCCGCACAAAGACAAAGGACAGCACAGUGAAUCCAAUAUGGAAUGAAGUGUUUGAGGCCUUUGUGGACAACUCACAUGGUCAGAAAAUAAAGAUUGGUGUCUUUGACGAGGACAAAGCAUCUGAUGAUGAAUCUCUUGGAACUGUUGAGGCUGAUAUUGGUACCAUUGUCCAACAAGGCAAUGUUGAUUUGUGGCUUCCACUAGAGAAUGUGAAGAGUGGCCAGAUCAACUUGAGAUGCACAUGGUUCACACUGACUGCCAAACCAGAUGAUCUCUCACCACCUGACCAAGCUGUUAUUGGUGAGGAGAUGUUAGCAACAGCAGCUCUUUUUGUUAAACUGGACUCAGCCAAGAAUCUUCCAGUGACAAAUGCUGCCCGUGGUACCACAAGUGCAUUCUGCAAACUUACUGUUGGAAAUGUCACUUUCCAGAGCAAGACCAUUCAAGACUCCAUCAGUCCAGUGUGGGAAGAACCAUUCCGCUUCAUGAUCCAUGAUCCUAACUAUCAGGAAUUGGAUAUUGAGAUUUUUGACAGCAGCAAGGAGAAAAGCAUUGGCAAACUGGAGUUCCCCUUGGCUCAGCUUCUGAAGAAUGAGAACAUGACAUUUGAACAACCUUUCCCCUUGAAGGAUUCAGGCCACAACAGUACUUUGACUUGCAGGUUUACAUUGAAGGCAUUGUUUACAAGAGAUGAUGACACAUCAGACGAAGAAGAAGACGACACUGACCAACCAGAUGUGAUUGCCGCUGAUGAACUGUCAGGUGGUGCAAGCAAGCAAAGCGAGGAAAGCACUGUGAGACGAAGGAAGCCUGCCCCCAAGGUUCAAAGGACAGUGUCUGGUGACAUUCGCCUCACCACGCGCUAUAACAAACAAGGAAGCAAGUUUGAGGUCAUUGUUCACCAAGCAAGGAAAUUGCUGGCUUGUGAUUCAGAUGGUCUUUCUGACCCGUAUGUCCGUGCUUACCUGCUUCCUGACAAGUCUCGAAGUGGCCGCAGACGAACUGAUGUCAAGAAAAACACCCUCGAGCCAGACUUUGAAGAAAUGUUUGAAUGGAGUGUCCCUGAGGAUAAAGUGAAGGAACACACUUUGGACAUUACUGUCAAGAAUGAUGUGUCUUUCUUCUCAAAGAGCAAAACUUCUAUGGGCCAGGUUCUGCUCGACCUUGGUAAACUGGAUUUGUCUCAGCCUGUCACUGAAUGGUACAUGCUGCGUGAUGAGAAGAAGGAAGAUGAUGACUGAGGAAUUAACCAGUGUGGAAGAUAUGUCAUUGACAACACUCAUAAUACCAGAGCACUGAAAGAGAACUGUAGUACAUUAGAGGGGAAAAAUUUAAAAUAAAACAUCAAGUGGGAGAAUGAAUUAGAGACAGAACAGUCUGUUGAAAAGAAAUUCUGGGAUAACUGUAGUUAAAAGCUCUUGCUUUCCAUCCACCCUAUUUCCUAUGGCAUCGAAGUACACGGUAAUCAAGUCUUGCAAAUGCUUUUUCUUUGUUUACCUACUGCUACAACAAGUAGUUCUGCAGUAGCUUAGGGUUUUAGACUCAAGUAUUAACUAAGUAGUAGUCUCUGCCUAAACCAUAAAUCUGUGGCCUUCAGUCAAAAGGAAAUAAUAUUUUUAAAAGAUGCGUCUCGUAAUUUAUAACCGUAUAGUUCAAAGUAGUUAGGUAGUUUUCAUCUUCUCAAACAGCUUUGUCAAACAUGCACUUAAUUUAUAAAUGGGUACCUGUAUUUAAAUAUCUUCAUUAAAAUAUCUCAGAUAUGCUGAACAAAUGGAGAUGACCGUAAACAGUUGUAUCUGUGCAUUUGUUUGUCUUCACACUUAAAUUCAUAAAAGAGACAGUACAUUAAGAGUUUGAUCCAUUACUAAACUGAGGUUUUACAACAAGUGGUGAACGAGUCAGACAACUGAACUUUCUUCGUCUAUGUAUUGUAGCAUUUUAAGUAGUAUUGUUGUGUUCUAGAUUCCCAUUGAUGUUUUUUGCACUAUUUGUAAGAGAACAUAAUUGUGAAAAUUGCUGACAGGGGUGAUAAUGAUUAAAUAAAUGUAUGUGUGCAAA